AUGAGAUAUCUCAUUGAUGAGGGCCACUGUGAUCCAAAGGUUCCUUUUAAGUAUGGAGAUACUGUUCUUCACAGAGUAGUUGGUAAUGGAUCACUUGAUUUCAUGAAGUACUUAAUCAAUCAUCAUCACUGUGACCCAACGGCUACUACCAAUAGUGGUGAGACUGUUCUUCACCGUGCUGCUGAACACAUUGAUAUUAUGAAGUAUCUCAUUAAUGAGUGUCACUGUGAUCCAAUGGCUACUGGCAUUAACAAUUGGACAGUUCUUCAUGAAGCAGCUAUUAGGACCUCACCUGAUGUAAUCAAUUAUCUAAUCAAUGAGUGUAACUGUGAUCCAAUGGUUGUUGACAUGUACGGGCGGACACCUCUUCACUUUGUUGCUAUUCAUGGCAGUGCUACAACUGUUGAAUAUUUACUAUCAACUGGUAAACGUGAUCCGUUGGCUAAAGACAAUGAGAGGAAAACACCAGUUAAACUAGCUAAGGAGAGAGGUAGAACUGAUAUUCUUUCUGUCUUGAAGAAGUUUGGUGUCAUAUCAUCAAUGACACAGCUAGUUUCACUCUUCUUGGUUCCUUACGAAAUGUUGGAGGGGUAG